GAAAAUAGAUUGCGUUUUUGUCCUUAAUAUGAGUAGUGUUCGGUAAUACCAAUAUCAAUGAAAACGUACUGAUGGCGUUCGCUUCUUAGUUCCUACAGGAGUAUUCUAUCGAAAAGUUCUACAUAAGUAGAAUAAACUGUUAUUAACUAAUCGUUAGAUAAUGGAGAACAGUCCAAAUGCUUUAAAAAGAUUUGCAAAUGCUGUUUUUAACGUAAUUGAUGCACCUGUUGUAUUUUUUCGAGAGAAAAUCGUUGAACCUAAUCAACAGAAGUAUCCUUGGUAUCAUCAAAAAUUCCGGCGUGUUCCAACUAUUGAUGAAUGUUAUACAGAUGACAUAGUUUGUUUCGUUGAAGCUAAUCUUCAAUUUGAACGCGAUAAGGCUGUAGAUGAUGCUAUUUUGUCUAUUUUGAGAAUUCGAUAUGAAGAAUGUGCUAUGCACCAUGGACUUGAUGAUAGAGAAAUUUGUAUUCCUCUGAGAAGAAUCUAUGAAGAAGCUAGUGGAGCUUGGUUUGCAAAAUAUGGUGAUUUACCUCCUACACUUAAUGUACAACAAGCGUUUAUGAAACAAAAGCAUCGUAUGGUUUGGGAACGAAGACAUGGUCCUGUAGGUAGCGGAAUGAAGACAUAAAUAUUAUCCCGAUAUCGUAGAAAAAGGAUUUAAUACAAAAUGCAUACUUUUAGUUAAAGAAGUUAGUAAUAAUAAACAUACAUGGAUACAUAAAUAUUGUAUAAAACUUAAUAAAAUAAAAGUAAGUUAUAUAUGA